AUGAACGAGCCUCCUGUUGUCAAUGGCCUCAAGGAGACCAAUAAGGCACUUAUUUCGAGAAAUUCUACGGUCAAAGCGAAGACACCCGAGCCCCGGUCUCCUCGACUGCUACCUCCGAUCUAUGGAGAUGUUGCUAGCUCCUCUGGUCGUGCCAUACCAGUGUACCGACCUCCAAAAGAAGAACAGAGCUGGUCGCGGUUCCACAGCGGCUGCAGACAGAGGCAUUCCAUCUACUUGGACUGGAGUGCUGUCAAGACGGAGAAGAAGUAUACAGGGAGUAUGCCUAAGCGGAACAAGGCGAGGUCCGUAACUUCUUUCAAAGAUGCAGAAGAACAAGACGUAGCGGAGUAUUUAGAUAAGAAUAAAGAUUUCCUUGAAGCCUACGUCACGGAGCGAAUUCCAGCUGAUACCAUUCAGAAAUGGCUGCAGAUGAAGACAAAGAGACAUUAUAUUGCUCCCUCAACAUACAAUCACAGACAGAUGAUGACCUUCAAGAAAACCGAGGAGUUUAACAAGAAGGAAGUGUUUUCGGAUCUUCUAAGAGUUCUGAAAGAUGACCCUAAUGAACACUCUGUUCUCUGGGAGCUGGCCAACUACAUCACCAGCUCAGUUGGUGUGGAUGCGCAUCGAGUCUACAAGCUGUACCCUGAUCAUCCAAGCUUCGUUCAAUUCUUCGUCGUCGAUAUUAAGCCAUCUAGAGACGUUAUAAGAAGUUUAGUCAGAGCAUACGCUGACCAAGUGUACCUGGUGUUGGAAGUGGCAAAGAGUGGAGCGUGUCGUCGUGUAUCGAGACUAGAUGACGCUGCCAGAUUCCCGGAGACUCCUGUCGCUUUGUUCAAGUCCAUGGGCAAGAAUGUCAAACAAGCAAACCAUGUGAUGUACCAACCGAUCCUGACGAAGAAUGGGAAGACAGCAUACGUGAUAGAGAUGUGGAGAAUUAAGGAGAGGUUCAAAGAAGUAGAUGAGGAGAUCAGCUCCAAUUUCCUGGUGUUAGGCAGUCUGGCGUUACAUUACUGCAAUCUGUACCUGGACAAGAAGAGGGAGAGGAAUAUGUCCGACUUUCUUCUGGAUGUUGUUAAAGCCAUAUUUGAAGAAAUGGUUUCUUUGGACCAGCUGAUAAAAAGAAUAUUAGAAUUUGCCCAACGUCUGGUCAAUGCUGAUCGAGCGUCACUCUUCUUGGUUGACUAUAGGAACUUCGAACUGGUCUCCACAGUUUUUGAUUUAAAAUUUGAACCUGGCCACGAUAGAGAUAUGGAAAAGAAGGAAAUUAGGAUGCCGAUUAAUAGAGGAAUAGCUGGUCAUGUGGCGUUGUCGGGAGAGACUAUGAAUAUACCUGAUGCUUAUUCUGAUUAUAGAUUUAACAGGGAAGUUGACGAAGCUACUGGUUACAAGACAAUAAGCAUCUUAUGCAUGCCUAUCAAAGUCGAAGGCAGAGUCAUCGGCGUCGUCCAAAUGGUUAACAAGCGGAACGAUGACAAUUUCGGGCAUGAAGAUGAAGUGUCAUUUGAGAUAUUCUCCACGUUUUUCGGACUAGCACUCCAUCAUGCCAGGCUAUACGAUAGGAUCAUGAGAAAAGAACAGAAGUAUAGAGUAGCUCUUGAAGUCCUAAGCUACCAUAAUACUUGCAGGGAGAAUGAGGUCACAGCUAUGCUAAGUGACCAAGAACCCAUAAAAGUAGACCUAGAUGACUUCUAUUUGGAUCCUUACAAAUUCAAUGAGUUUGAAAAGUGCAAAUGCGUGAUUAAGAUGUUCAGUGUCUUGUUCGACCUGGCCAGUUUUGAUAUUAGCACGUUAACCAGAUUCGUGUUGACAGUGAAGAAGAAUUAUAGAACGGUGCCGUACCAUAAUUUUGACCAUGGUUGGACUGUUGCCCACUCCAUGUAUGUGAUACUGAAGAAUGAUUACAGAAAUCGAUUUAAUUAUAAAAUGCGUCUAGCUCUCUUUGUGGCCUGUCUGUGUCAUGACUUAGACCACCGUGGGUACACCAAUAAGUAUAUGAGUGAAAUAGCUUCUCCCCUCGCGGCUAUGUACACCACGUCCACACUGGAACAUCACCAUUUUAACAUCACUGUUACCAUAUUACAACAGGAUGGCCACAACAUCUUCUCUCACAUUUCCAGCGAAGAUUACAAGGAAGUGCUGGGUUACAUCAGGCACUGCAUCCUGGCUACAGAUCUUGCUGCCUUCUUCCCCAACCUGGCCAAGAUCAAGCAGCUCCACGAAGGUGAUAUUCCUCAGUUCAACUGGGAUCUUCAUAGUCAUAGAGAGCUAGCCAUGGCGAUAUCGAUGACUGCAGCAGACCUGUCAGCUUCAGCCAAACCCUGGGACAUUCAAAUCAAGACCGUGAAGGUGAUCUUUGAGGAGUUCUACGAUCAGGGAGACAAGGAAAGAGCUGCAGGGAGGGAACCGAUCCCGAUGAUGGACAGGAAUAAGCCUGAUGAACAACCUUCUAGCCAGGUCGGUUUCCUCAGUCAAAUCUGCGUAGCUUGCUACAGCAUGCUGUACAGAAUACUACCAAACACAAGGCCUAUGUAUGCAAUGGCUUUGAAGAACUUAGAGAGAUGGAAGGCAAGAGCGGAGAGAAUAAAAAGAAAGCAGUCGAAAAUAGAAGCUGAAAUUGAAUCCAACACUGAUGAAGACUCUGAACCUACUGGCAUUAUAGACAAUGUAGAAGAAAGCGUACCUAAACUUAAGAUAAAAGAAGAAGCAGUUUCAGUAGUGGAUGUUAUGCAUGAAUCUGUGUCUUGGGAAGAAGAUGAAGAAGAGAUAAUUGAUAAUGAGAUGACAAAGAGUGGGAUCUGGAAAGACAUUAAUGGAGUCACGUGGAUUGAUGAAGAAGGAGUAGUCGUCAGAGAGAGUGUUUUAAAAGCUAUUGUUAAUAAAGAAAAUUGUGAAGAACAAUGA